UCUGCUUUCCGUACGGCCGUGUGUACCCCAAACUCGACACAGACAAUUAUAAUGCUGCAUGCAUACAACACAAGACCGCGACUACCGCUCUGUGUAUGCUGACGAAACACUUCGCGUAUAGAUUAUGCACGAGGCUCUUUGUUCAUGACUGUAUCUGAUUGAUACUAACAUCGCAAACUCAAAAUGGAGAUGGUGAACAUAGCUUCAUGCAGUAACCAAGAACUCAUGACGGCCAUCAGGAAAUAUGAGGGCAUCUACAAUAAAUCCUGCCUAGAUUAUAAAAGCCCAUUCUACAAACGUAAAGCCUGGUUGGCGAUUGCCAAUGAGCUACACUCAGACGUGACAACCGUGCACACACGCUACAACAACAUUCGUACAUCGUUCUCAAGAUAUUUGAAAAGUAUCCGAUAUUUUCGAGGUGGACUGGACAGCAGUAGUAGCGGUAUUGCUAUCAAACCUAAAUAUGAGUUUCUUCGAUGGCUAAUUGUGCAUAUUAAGCACAGGAAAUCAAAGGCAGUGACGUAUGAUGACGCUAUGCAGGGUCCAUCUGCGGCUGCCUACUGGGAGGAAGAGGACGAGGAUGAGAUCGACCAGGUAAUUGACGACGAUGAAGACGUGCACCAACUGAACAUCCCGAGUACCAGUCAAGACUUCCCAAAGGUUGAGCCGGCGUUCGAACCCGAGACCAUUAACAUAGACGACUCCCCACAACAACACCAACGACAACACCCACCACCGACACGAUCGUGGUCGCAUGCGCAGCCAGUCGAAAGGGACACCAGUAUAGGGUCGACAGUGAUGAACACAAUUCAGCAUGUAAAUGACACGUAUACAAUGUACGAAGGAGGUAGGAAACCAGACAACCUGGAUGAGGAUAUGCUGUUUUGUUUGAGUCUGGUGCCCAAAAUGAGGAGGGUACCUGGUAGACUUAAGACGUCCGCACAGCUUCGCAUCUUGCAAGUUGUGAGUGAACUGGAGAUGGCUGAAGCCGGGUCAAUGUAACAAGCCUUGAACUUGGCUCUUGAAGGAGCGAGUAAACUUGGCUCUGGUCAGGGUCAUCUCUAUGAGGAACACGUAACUUUGUACUGGAAAGUUGCAAAGGGCACCACAGCAAAAGCACAGGGCACCUCUGAGAAGUUUAUGUGGGUUAUCUCGAGACAUGAUGUAGUCAUUCAGUUGUUUUAACCCUGGUUCUUCUCUUUAUUACACAUUGUUUAUCUAUUUAGUGCUCUAUAUGGGGCGUGGUGUACCCUAGUCUUGACUAUCUACGUUCAUUUUGUAAUGUAGAUAUCACAACACGAGCUACUGUCCACAACACGAAUUACUGGAGAGGAGAUAGUUGUAUCACACAAACAAGUCAGUUGGUUCGAUGUGGGGCUUUCACGCGCAAUGUAUCCGGUGAGAUCAACACUUGGAUAUAAAAUACUUUAAGGACUAGGUGAAGUCUUUUACUAAAGAAUUGUGCCUCAUAUCGGCCCGGCUUGAAUUCAAUUUACAAUUGAAGGACUAGGUGAAGUCUGUUAUUAAAGAAUUGCGCCUCGUCGGCCCGAGAGCCAGGAAACUCCCUUCACCCUGAGCCGUAAUCAGGAUGGUGUGGUACUCCAUCCCGUGGAACUGGGUCAUCCCUUUAAUCGUUCUGGUCGUCCUGCUUUUAUUCGCCAUUGCCUUUGCCUGCUGCUGUAAAUUCGGCUGCAAGAAAACCCCACGGCACAGUAACCCCGAGGUCAUUCUACAUAACAUAGACGCCGUACAGGUCAUCAGUAACCCAACAUGUGCCACCGUUUUCGUCCCUGUCGAUGGUAAAAUCGCCGGCAACGUCAUCGACGACGAAGAGGUCGACUUGGGACUCGGUACGAACAAAAAGACGUUCUCCUCGUCGAUGAGGCAGAAGAAGUCUAAAACGGAUAGAGUUGCGGCAGCCAAUGCAAGCAGAAAUAGCAAGAAACUGCUGGUGGUUAACUCGCACAUGGAUGCAUUUACUAAUCCCGAAUCGGAUAUAUCACUGGUUCCCAUGGACUACCGGGGAAAUACGUGUAAAGAGUACCAUAAUGCAGUGGACAUGGAACACGAUACCGGCGAGACGUCAGAGUCUGCGCCCAUGAUACCGUCACAGAGGAAAUAAACAAUUUCAACAAUCUCACAUUUUACCUAAAAAAAACUGAUGUCUGAAAGUACAUACACUCAACAAAAUUCCAGGUCAAAAUCAUGACCUGGAUUACGGCUGACAAAGAAGCAAAAUAAAGGGAUUUUGUUCAGGAGACUACGUAAAAUUGACCCACUUCUGGUUCAGUUUGAGCACAAAGUAAAGUUUAAAACACCGUCUCCUUGUAUAGACUUGUGAACAAGUCGUUUAUAUUGUGAAAGAACAUCGCCAUUAUCGCGAGAAUCGCGGAUAGGCGGAACGCUAUCACAGCGACAAAAACCUUACGACUUGUCAACAAGUCUAUCUCCUUGAUGUACCGGAACUCAUGUAAAAUAAUUAGAAGUACCUGGAAAGGCAGUCUGUGUGACAAAUAAUAGAAAUGAUUAGAACUGGUUAUGAGAGCAACAUUUUCCUGGUGUCGGAAUGGUUCAAUAGACCCAACUUAGUUUUCGAAAUUUAAGACGUAGGCUACAGGUUCUGAUGACGCUAGUGUAAGAUAAAUGUUUAUUCACAAAUUUAUUUCGAAACUUUGUUUUUUUUAUGUUAGAGUAAAACUGUUAUUUGACUGAUUGUGUCAUAUUUUGUAUUUAACAUUUUGCAUGUCGAAGUCUGCCGCCAUUGCAUUCUCUUUGUAUGAGUGACAGAAACAAAACUAAAUCAUUUUGAACACGAAGGCUUUCAAAAAGUUAAAUGACUGAACAAUGCAUUUUUUUUAAUCCACUAAUUUGAUACAGUUUUAUAGACGCAGAAAAUUGACACGAUGAGUGAUGGUUUUAAGAAGCUUAUAAAUAAUUUGCAAACGCA